AUGGGUGGAUGCUCAUCAAGCGAGUCUGGUGACUACAAAUUGUACUAUUUCAAUGCUCGCGGUACCACCGAACCAAUUCGACAACUCUUCGCUUUGGCUCAGAUCCCAUUCGAAGAUAUCCGAAUCGAGCAAGAUGAUUGGGGAAACACGAAAAUGAAUAUGCCAUUCGGUCAAUUGCCUGUCCUUGAAGUGAAUGGGGAAAAGCUUGCCCAAAGUGCUUCGAUCAUGCGAUACUUGGCGACGAAAUUCGGUUAUGCCGGGAAAACGGAUCGAGAAAGGGCAUUGAUCGACUCUUACUUUGAGCUUUAUAAAGAUUAUCACGCUGAGGCGAAAACUUAUUUCUAUAUGGUGGUUGGGUUAAAAGAAGGAAACAAGGAGAAAGCUUUCAAGAAAACGUUUAUCCCAGCGAGAGAUCGUUUUUUCACCUACAUCGAAAAACAGUUGAAAAGCAAUGUUGAAAACGGAUUUUUGGUUGGUGAGAGUCCAUCUUAUGUCGAUUUACAAAUCGCUGACCAUGUGGAAACGAUUUUACAGCAUCAUCCAUUGGAAUUGAGCGCUUUUCCAGAGGUGUUGGCGCACAAAAAACGUGUGGAAGCGAUUCCCCGACUGAAGAAAUAUCUCGAAGACCGACCAAAGACUAAAUUU